ACCCCGCUCCAAGCAAAAACCACCACCGCAUCCCGCACCGCACCGCCACGCCCCACGCGGCUGCCGCGGCCGCUGCCCCUCCACAGCCGGUCGUUCCUUUCACACCGCGCGGCCCACCCCACCCACGCCCGCCAGCGGGCGGGCGCCCGCGGCCCACCUCCACCGCACCGCGCCUCCUUAUAUGACCGGUUCCCCACCUCCUCCUCCUCCGUUCCCCAUCUCCACCACCACCACCAAACCCUAGCCGCCGACGACCAUGUCCUCCUCCUCGUCGCUCAAGCAGGACGACGUCCCCUCCUCCCCGGAGCUGCCCCCGCUGGCCGCGCCCGGCAUCGCGGCGGCGGCCGCCGCGGCCGCGGCCGCGGCCUCGUCCGGCGGCGGAGGGGGCGGGGCAGGGGCGGGCGGCGGCUCCGGGAGGAGGCUGCCCCCGCCGUGCUGGACGCACGAGGAGACCCUCGCGCUCAUCGAGGCGUACCGCGACAAGUGGGAGGCGCUCAAGAAGGGCAACCUGCGGGCCGCGGACUGGGACGAGGUCGCCGGCGCCGUCACCGCCCGCUGCGGGAGGUUCCCCACCGCCACCUACAAGUCCGGCGUGCAGUGCCGCCACAAGAUCGAGAAGCUCCGCAAGCGGUACCGCGCCGAGCGCACGCGCUCCAUGGGGCGCUCCAAGGGGCCCAAGUGGCCCUUCUUCCCGCUCCUCCACGACCUCGCCGGCGGCGGGGUGCCCGACGCCAGCCCCAACCCCAUCAUCAAGAUCAAGCCCAGGGGAAACGCCACCCCGGCGUCCCCUUCCCCGGUGUCGUCCCCCUCGUCCGAGGACGCCGGACGGAGCAGGAGCCUCCACGGCCUCAUCUCCAACGGCGGGGGCGGCAGCGGGCUGCGCUUCACCAUCCCCAAGGCUUCGCGCACCAAGCCGGGGGUCCCGCGGGAGGCGAGGCCGGACCGGGACAGGGGCGAGGACGACCCGGAGGCAGAGGCCAUGGCGGAGGUGGCGUCGGCACUGAGGGCCGUCGGCGAGGGGUUCCUGAGGAUGGAGGAGCGCAGGCUGGAGCUGUCGCUCCAGAUGGAGAAGGAGCGGAUGGAGUCGGAGAUGAAGCGCACCCAGGCGCUGCUCGACGCACAGCAGCUCUUCGUCGAGGCGUUCCUCGGCAAGCAGCAGCCGCACCACAAGAAGGCCAAGCUGGUCUCCUCCGCUGCUGCCAUGGAGGAGGAUUGAGGACUAGAGGCAGAGCUCCGGCGCAGCGUCAGCUCAACUCCGUGUUGAUGGAUGCUUGCUGGCUUUGUUAGUUAACUGCUGCUGCUCCUGUCAGUCAGCUGAUGACUUGUGAUGUUUCUACUCUUCUUGUGUUUGGAUGGUUGAUUUAAGAAGUGAAGGGCAAAGCAUGUAGGUGUAGGAUAUGGCUGUGGGAGGAUUUAGAAAGUGUUCAUUUGUAAUCAGUGUGUUGUCUUUUGAGUUGCUAUUUAUGGUGGGGAAAAGAAAAGAGUGCAGCUUAGCUUCGCUGGGAA